ACCAACCCUCAUCUUUCCCAGGAGUCAUUGCGCGAUUCAAAAUAAAACUUGUUCCCAGUCUCUCGCCAUAGUUAUAAAAACAAGAUGGCGGCAAAGAUGGCAAUUCUCUGGAUUCCGAUUCAAAUGGUUUGUAUGUGUGUGUAAGGCAUGGAAGUCUCACAGAAGAACAACGAAGUUCGUUUGUUUCGUGCUAAUGUUCUCGCUCCGAAAGAUGAGCUCGAAGAGAAACUUGAGAAGUGCCAUGAUGUGGUGAACAGUACUGUGUCUGGGUUAUCAGAUCGAGAAGCACACGAUGCCCUGAAUCAAGCAGUUUGUAAGAGCGUUCAACUCCAUGAGGAUAUCUCACUUGGUUUAUUGUACAGCAUACUAACAGAUCCUUCAUUAGCACCAAAGGCCUACCGUGAUAUGUCAUUCAUCACACGUGAUGGACUUAACAUGAUCAUCAAUAAAGUUGUUGGGAUAGUUACAGACAAGUAUGCAAAACUAAACGAAAAAACAAGAGCACAGAUUAUAUGGCUGGCUUCGGAGUUAGUAAAGAACUCUGUGAUGGGAACUGAAAAUCUGUGUGCGGCACUUCUACGCCAGAUUGUUGGAGGAGAUGUUACUCCCCCAAACAUUUGGCUUGUGGAAUCCAUGUUGAAUAUCCUUAGUACCAACAGGAGUUGGUUGGAAAAGAAUUCCUUGUUUCUUGCCACAUCACUCUACUGUUACUUACGCCUGAUAUUAGAUCAUGAAGCUCCGCCAUUCAAGAAUCUACAGACACAGGAAAUUGAAUUCUGUGUCUCACUGUUAAGAGACCGGUUUGCAGACUGUAUUCCAAUUGGYCGUGAUCUUGUUAGAUUAUUACAAAGUGUUGGAAGAAUCCCAGAGUUUCAAAGUGUGUGGAAAGAUAUUCUCCAUCGACCACAAUCACUAAUGCCUCAAUUUACAGGAUUGACACAACUGUUGAGGGUAAGGACAUCAAGAAAGUUUCUUGCCUGUAGACUUACGCCUGAUAUGGAAAACAAAAUUGUUUUCUUAACAUCAAAAGUAAAAUUUGGACAACAAAAACGGUACCAAGACUGGUUUCACAGACAGUACCUAUCGACACCUGAGAGCCACACCCUUAUUCCUGAUAUAAUACGAUACAUUGUGGGUGUGGUACACCCUUCUAAUGAGGUGUUAGGCUCUGAUGUAAUUCCUCGUUGGGCCAUCAUUGGUUGGUUGCUGACAACUUUUCAAACUUCUGUGGCCUCUGCGAAUGCUAAACUGGCUUUGUUCUUCGAUUGGCUGUUUUAUCAGUCAGACAAAGACAAUAUCAUGAAUAUAGAACCUGCUAUUCUCCUCAUGCACCAUUCUAUUCGAAGUCAUCCUUUCAUUACAAGUACAUUGCUAGAUUUUAUCUGCAGAAUGAUGUCAAACUACUGUCCAAGUCUCAAUGGUUUUGUCAGACAAGGAGUUAAAAACGGUUUUAAGACAAUUCAGAAGAAGAAAGUUGUGAUGUCACUUUCUCCUCUACUCGACAAUCCUAAAAUGGAAAGAGCGUUAAAGGCUCUUGUCAAAAGAGAGCUAAAUGAAUUCUGUGAUCCUGGUGUCAAAUUGGAAGAGCCAUCACCUUCAGAUCCAUCACCUAGUGCCCCAAUGAGAGCGGAACUUCCUUCGACCGAUUCAWUGAAAGAUGCCAACGAGACUGAAGACAGUGGGGUUGACGAUGAGCUUGAAAUAGCAGAAGAAGACGCUGUUUUUUCUGAUCCUGAAGARGAUGAAGAGCUGCAGGCAAUGAAAACUGAGCCUAUUGAGAAAGAAUAUCAAUUUAAACCAAUCCCAAAAGAGGAUGAGACAGGUCCGACGACAAACCUGUCRRCAACGGAGAGAGAUGAAAGAGAGAGCAAUGAAGAUAUCACUGAAUUAGAAGAACUCGACCAUGUUGGUGAGGAACUCAAGGAAUUAUUAAUACAACUGUCAAGAGAAAGUGAUCCUGCAAUGAGAUGUAAAUGUAUGGAAAAUUUACUGACGGGAGUCAUCGACUUGGAUGACUCUGAUGUAGACGACAUGAUGCAUCCUCUAGCAGUUUGUCUCAACUUCUGUUUGAUGGACGAGCUUCUGGUACCAUGUUUCACAAGAGAUAGAAAUGUCGAAGAAUCACUCGAAGGUCCAGUGUACGUACUCUGCAGAAAUAUUUGUGAACUACCAACCCACGAUGUCAGCAGAGAACGGUUCUUAGCUCUUUUAGGUGCAUURCAUCACGUGAAUACUAAAUAUGGAUAUCGUUUCCUAUUCUACCUCAAAGGUUUUUUUCUAUAUCUUCCAACUUCUUCUAAUCCAUGUAUUUCACAAUGCUACGCGGUCUACAUUAUCAUAUCUUUACAUUUGGUAACAACGUCUCUUUGUAGAAAUGUCGAAGAAUCACUCGAAGGUCCAGUGUACGUACUCUGCAGAAAUAUUUGUGAACUACCAACCCACGAUGUCAGCAGAGAACGGUUCUUAGCUCUUUUAGGUGCAUURCAUCACGUGAAUACUAAAUAUGGAUAUCGUUUCCUAUUCUACCUCAAAGCAAGUAAAUCAGACGAGGAACGCCUGUCRAUGUAUGAUGAUUUUGCAUCCUCGUCUCGUGGAGAAAAGAGCAUCCAAGCCUGCCUGACUGAAGAUCUUAAGGUUUGUUCUGAAUACGAUCCAAGAACGUUUCGUUACCUGAUACCAUCCAUCUACAGAGUGUUUUCUGAACAUGUUGUUGGUGACAGUGAAAUUCUACACAUGUUGGUAUCACUGAUGGAACCGAAACAGUUGAAUACUUUCAUCUGUGAGAUUUCACUAGGGGAAUUAAUUAUUUUUGGCGAACACAAACAACUGGACUCAUUAAUAGGUUAG